AUGACAGGAAUAGGCUGGAACUUCGGCGACAAUGUUUCCGCCGCUCCUCCGUCUUCCUCAAUAGUUGGUUCCGGUUGGUCCAGUAAUUACGCCUCUUCGCCUCUCCAGAGUUCCAAUCCACUACAGCAACCUCCAAGUCGGCCAAUGGGAAUCGGUUUCGUUUUUGACGAACCCCGUGCACCUAUGACCCCACAAGCCCCUCCUGUGAAUCAGAAUCCGCAUCAUCUUGGUGUCGCAGAUAAUCUGGCUAAAAGGUCUCAAUCAAUGAAUGUUCCCCAAAGGCCCCCUCCUUCCAGGCAAAGGAACCCCAAUCCCUAUUCUAGUUCUUUUGAAGUUGUCACUCCUGGUGGAGAUACUGCUAACGUACCGGGAAAAGCAUUGUCGGCGAUGAAUUCAAGACCUUCAAGUCGAUCCGAUGCCUACGAGCGUGGUUUGAAUGAUAUGGCGGAGUUAAUGACAACGGUGGAUAUAGAUGAGGCCGAAAAACGACGGAUUCGGGAGAGAUUUGCUCUGGAUUAA